UUCCCGACCGUCCCCUUCCCCUCCCUCUUUCCUUCCCUCCUCCCCCUCCGGCUCAGGUUGCAGCUUCUCUUGGGAGCUGCUCACCUUUCCUGAGCAGGGGAAGCAGCCGCCGUGCCAGGGUGGGGAGAGCAGCAGGGCGCAGGGCACUGAGUUCCUCGGACCUCCUCCCGUCUUCCACACAGCCCAGGCAGGGAGCCGGAGCCGGGGCGCGGAGCGCACCGUCUCUGGGUUCUUCACUGCCCUUGAAACAUUUCUCUUCCUUAGCAUUUAUUUUCACUACUCCUCAAUCUGUAGCUGUAGCAGAGACGGAGGCGAGAACCUGCCAGUUCAGCUGCCAGGGGCCCCAGCUGACCAUGAACAAGAUGAAGAAUUUCAAGCGCCGCUUCUCCCUGUCUGUGCCCCGAACAGAGACCAUCGAGGAAUCUCUGGCUGAAUUCACUGAGCAGUUCAACCAACUGAACAGCCGACGGAAUGAAGACCUGGCCCCAGGGCACCUGCAGCUCGGCUCUCUGGCAGGAGGAGAGUUCCAGCCAGACCCCAGCGCCAUCUCCCCGACAGAGGAGGGUGGGGAUGGCCACCACCAGUCCUCACCAGCGAUACGCUAUCGAAGACACAACCAGCGACGCUUCUCCAUGGAGGAUGUCAGCAGACGGCUCUCCCUACCUAUGGACAUCCGCCUGCCACCAGAGUUCUUACAGAAGCUUCAGCUGGAGAGCCCAGAGCUACCCAAGCCCCUCAGCAGAAUGUCCCGCCGGGCAUCCCUAUCAGAUAUCGGCUUUGGGAAACUGGAAACAUAUGUGAAACUGGACAAAUUAGGUGAGGGCACCUAUGCCACCGUCUUCAAAGGGCGAAGCAAACUCACUGAGAACCUGGUGGCCCUGAAGGAGAUCCGACUAGAGCACGAGGAGGGUGCUCCUUGCACCGCCAUCCGGGAGGUGUCACUGCUGAAAAACCUGAAACACGCCAACAUUGUAACCCUGCACGACCUGAUCCACACGGAACGAUCCCUCACCCUUGUCUUUGAGUACUUGGACAGCGACUUGAAGCACUACUUGGACCACUGUGGAAACCUCAUGAGCAUGCACAAUGUCAAGGUCUUUAUGUUCCAACUGCUCCGGGGUCUCUCCUAUUGCCACCGACGGAAGAUCCUCCACAGGGACCUGAAGCCCCAGAACUUGCUCAUCAACGAGAAGGGAGAGCUAAAACUGGCAGACUUCGGCCUGGCCCGGGCCAAGUCAGUGCCCACCAAGACCUACUCCAAUGAAGUAGUGACCCUUUGGUACCGGCCCCCUGAUGUCCUGCUGGGCUCCACAGAGUAUUCCACCCCCAUCGAUAUGUGGGGUGUGGGCUGCAUCCACUACGAGAUGGCCACUGGAAGGCCCAUCUUCCCUGGCUCCACUGUCAAGGAAGAAUUGCACCUUAUUUUCCGCCUGCUUGGGACCCCCACGGAAGAGACCUGGCCAGGAGUGACAUCCCUCCCCGAAUUCCGAAACUACAACUUUCCCCGGUACAAACCCCAGCCGCUCAUCAACCAUGCUCCCAGGUUGGACACAGAUGGCAUUGACCUUCUUACCAGUCUCCUCCUGUAUGAAGCCAGGAGCCGGAUAUCAGCAGAGGAAGCCCUGAGACACCCUUAUUUUGGUUCCCUGGGGGAGCGUGUGCAUCAGCUCCCUGACACUGCCUCUAUCUUCUCUCUGAAGGAGAUUCAGCUCCAGAAGGAUCCAGGUUACCGGGGCCUAUCCUUCCAGCAGUCAGGCCGUGGGAAGAGCCGAAGGCAAAGCAUCUUCUGAGCUAGAUGUCCCUAUCCCCACACCAAAAGCCAUGAAAGUGAUGAGACACGCCCAGCACAACUGUCCGGGGCUGGGGUUGGGGACCUAGAGUUGUCUUGAGAGGACCGGGGGCCCCAGCGGCAUGGGAGAGAAGUCCAUUAGCCCUGUUGGCUGCUGGUGUGGCCCCUCCCCUUCCUUUCAGAAAACCUCUCCGGGGGGGCUCUGAGUCCUGGCUCCACCCCCAGCUCCUUCUCCCCAGCCCCUGGGGCUUGAGCACUGUGGUUUGCAAGGCUAUCUUAAAGGUGGGUAACCCAAGCUCCAGCCUGGCAGGCAAGAAAGGAUGUGCCAGGAUUCUUCCAUCUGCUCAGGCUGGGGGAAGAUGGAAUAUCCCAGAUGGAGCACUGGCUGGCCCAUAUCCCACACCUCUCCUGGGUUGGAGGCUGCUUUGCACAAAGCCUCUCUGACCAGGCAGAUUUUGGCUGGUGCCCCUGACGCAAGCAGGGCCAACUGUGUGCACACCCCUGCUGGCUCAUUGGCAUCUUCCUCGCCAGCCUCUGUGGGAGGCACGGAAUAGCUUCCCUUAAUCCCUGAUAGUUCUGUUUCUUUUAUCCUCCUACAGUUAAAGAAAGGGAUGUUCUAACCUCCCCAGGACCCUAAAAUCCUGGGCACUUGUCUCUGUGCCAAAGGUCCUUGUUUCCUAACCCCCACCAGCUUCUCUCUCCAGCCUGGGGGGAGCUGAUACCCCUAGCCAUGACAGCAGGGUUUCAGUGCCUGGGCACCCCUAAAUCCCUUGUCCUUCCUGCCCCAUCCCCCCCUGCACUGGGCUCUGGUAACUCUGCCUCCAAGUUUGUUUGCUUCCCCCUUUCUGGUAGCCCUAUUACCCUGACAGGGUAUAGUGCCCAGCGGCCUCCACUGGAUGGCACCUCCCUCUAAUACCAAAUAUAGCAAGGCCUGCCCUGGUGGUGCCUGUUUCUUCCUGCCCACUCCACCCCAGCACCACUGAGUUUGAAUGAAACUUCCUCAAAAUGAAAGGUGGGAGAGAACUCAUUCCCAGGAAGUUUUCUCCUUCCAUUGGCCUUGUCCCCUGUGGGCCAUCUUUUACUUCCUUUCUCAACAGCCCUAUGUAUAUUCAGCAUCAGAAUAUGAGUAUCUGAUCCUACCUGCUCCCUACCCCCGUCUGCUGACAGGGGACUGAGCAGGAAUAAACCAGGUUAAUCCUGCUCUCUGUGUCCAUUAGAGCCAGGGUCCCUUCUGGGCCAUCACCCCUUAUUAGCUUAUUCUAUCCUGCAAUAUCCAGUCUUACUCUACCUGGUCAUAGCACCAAGUCAUCUCUGGGUGCUGUGCUAUCUUUAAGCCCCUGACCAUCUUCAAUGUACAAGUCUGCCCCAGCGGAUGGUCAUGGACAGGGAGCAGUCAUGGGGCCAAUACAAAAGCCAAGGUCAUGGGAAGAAGAAAGAUUUUCCUAACCUGGGAGUAUUCUCUAUGAAAGGGUCCUGCCUAUUCCUUCUAACACCUCCCUGCCACUGAGGCCAAUUAUUUCCCCCCAAGAGCCACCUAAACUUGGAACACUUUUCUAGAAGGGGUAAAUAGACCUUGUGCCAGGGAUGCACUAUCCUCCUCUCCCCCUUCCCAUUUCCCCAGUCCAUUCUUUCUCUUUCUCUUUCAUUCUCUGCACCUCUAAUUCCAGGGACAUACUUUAUAUCAUCCCACCUCUGUGCCACAUGAGGUAUUGAGAACCACACUCCUUAUCCCUGAAUUCCCAUCACCAACCCCCUGCUCCACCAAAGGACCAACCCUUUUGAGCCAUGUUUCUCCUGCCUUGCUUCUCCCCAGAAAGAGGACCUGGGGGCUACUCCUUCCCCCCUCCCUCCCUGAACUGUACUGUGAACGUCCUGUCUCCUGUCCUGUGACUCAGUGCAAAGACAGAUAAUCUAUUUAACACAUAUUGUACAAAAAGAAGCCAAUGAUCCCUUGAAGACAAGGUGAUUCUUUUUAGCAGGUUGAUUCCAAAGAAAGGGGAAAGGUAUAUGAGUGUGUGAAGAGCAUGGGUGGGUGUCAGGGUCUAUGCAGGCAUUGUUAUCUUUUUUA